AUCAACCAAAAUCUAUAUGAGUAAUCAACAACUGCAAGGCAACAACGGUACCUCGCCGCCCGGAGAUCAAGCCGGCGACGGUGUUCCGCCGCUCUGAUAUGACAACCUCCGAUCCGCCCGUCCGUACUUUCCGAUGCUUGCUUGUUUGAAUUAAUAUGCAUUUAAGAGAGAGAGAGAGAGAGAGAAAAGCAAACACAUUAAUAUAAGACGAGUCUCCUUCCCACGGCGAGUAUGAAAUCUCCUCAGAGAAAUCAUCACCUCUUAUUGCGCCAAAUGUCCCCUGUAAACACCGAUCGAUGUUGUUUUCACUAGCAGAUCUCUGCUUCGUCCUCGCCGCUGCCAGGUAGAUUUGUCGAGGCUAGAAUUAGGGUUCUUAGCGUGAAUUUUGGAUUACUAUAUCUUCAAUGAGUGCGUUGACGUCUCCGGCAGCGGCGCUGUCAGAAAAUGAAAUCGAUCAAGUGGAGAGAAUUCUGGAGGGCAAAAACGAUGAGCAUGGAGGAAUUAUAGUUGAAAUGAGUUGUGAGCCUUUGGAACUUCCCGUUUUCGCUUCCUUGUUGAAAGCCUCCAUUGCCCAUUGGCGACAGCAGGGGAAAAGGGGUGUCUGGAUUAAGAUGCCUAUUGAGCUAGUGAAUCUGGUUGAAACUGCUGUUAAGGAAGGAUUCUAUUUUCAUCAUGCAGAGCCUAAAUAUUUGAUGCUUGUUCAUUGGCUUCCUAACACCCCAAAUACCCUGCCAGCAAAUGCCUCACAUAGAGUCGGCAUCGGUGCAUUUGUUUUAAAUGAAAAGAACGAAGUGCUGGUAGUUCAGGAAAAGAGUGGACAUUUCCGUGGAACGGGUGUGUGGAAGUUCCCUACAGGAGUUGUCGAUGAGGGUGAGGAUAUCUGCGACGCUGCCAUUAGAGAAGUUAAAGAAGAAACCGGAAUUGACUCAAUUUUCUUGGAAAUACUGGCAUUCAGGCAGAGUCACAAAGCGUACUUUGAGAAGUCGGAUUUGUUCUUUGUGUGCUUCUUGAAGCCACUCUCAUUCGACAUCCAUCCACAGGAAACCGAGAUUGAAGCAGCCCAGUGGAUGCCAUACGAAGAGUAUCUAGGACAGCCAUUUGUCCAGAAACACGAACUCCUCCGAAGACUUGCAGAUAUAUGCGCGGCGAAGAAAGGCAAACUCUACACUGGAUUCUCACGAGUUCCGGUGACAACCGAUUCUUCUCAAAACAAAACUUACGUCUACGCCAACAAUUUCUAAAUCUUGCUAUUUGGUUUGCCCAACAUUCUUACAAUUUCUAAAUCUUGCAAUGUGGUUCUCCAACAUCCGUAAGAUCCUAUAAGGUUGUUGCUUCGACUCGACUCGCAACCUUAUGUUGCAUUAGAUUGGAUGGUUGCAUGUUGAUACAAUUCACAAGGUAUAUAUAUGUCUUUAGGAAUAACAGGUACGGUACACCUUGACCUGUCAGCUCACUUCUGGAUAUGUUUUGAAUUGUUUCAGAAUUAGUACAAUUUAAAUGAAAAAUAGAUAUUGAAUA